AUGGUCAAAUGGUCACCUCAUAUUGGUGACGUGUUGAAAGUUAAUUUUGAUGGUUCAGUUAAUGGUGAUUCUACAGUUGGUAGUUUUGUUAUUAGAAACCCCCUUGGUAAACCCCUAGCUGCAUCAGCACUAUACUUAGGCCACACUACAGUUCCGGUAGCAGAAGCUUCGGCGCUUCGUAGCAAUCUUCUUUUCGCUAAAGAAAAAGGAUUCGUGAAUAUUAAAGUUGAAGGUGAUUCAAAGUUAGUCAUUGAUUCAGUCAAUGGAAGCAUUGCACCACCUUGGAGGUUGCUAAAGAUUGUUGAAUACAUUAGAGCUUUAGCUUUCUCUUUUACUAUUAUCUUUUUCAAGCAUGUUUUUAGAGAGAUCAAUUUUGUGGUUGAUGCCUUAGCAAAUCUUGGUCACAAAACUAGGGUCUCUUCAUUUUGGAAUGAUCAUAUUCAUUGCGAGGCUUCAAAUGCUCUUGUAUUCGACAGUGUAAAUCUUAGAUACCCUAGAGGCACCUCUAUCUAA